AGAGAAGUAUCAAAAGUAAUUGUUUUUAUAAAAAGAUUCAUCAAUGCAAAAAAUUAUUUAUAAAUGUUAAUCAUUUUUUAUUCCUUUAAGGCAGAUUUGCGUGACACAGAAUGAAUAUUCAUGAUUCACUAAUACAUUUUAUAAAUUGAUGUUAAUUUACUUGAACUAUUUUUUUAAAAUUAUUUUUUCUUAAUUUGAUAUCUGGCCACUAUUCUAUCCUUUAUUAAAAAACGCAGAUGAAGUCUUCGUUCUAUUUUUUCCAUCAUUAAGUUUUUUAUGUCUACUGUGAAAUUUGGUGCUAUGGAGUUUGAGGUCUGCCGACGAAAUGAGAAACACCAUAGAGUUUAAGGUAUUAAUAAAUAAAUAUAAUGCAUAUUUUUUCAUUGAUUUCACAGAGGAAAUUUUUCUUUUCAUGCGGAUUCUUCUUAUUCCCUUAUAUCUCUACUUCAAAUUUUUCAAUAACUACCUUUAUCACAAAGUUUACUACUCAACUCAAUUGAGAGAAAUAAAAGAAUAAGAGUCAAUUUGAACUUAACGGUGUACUGCGCAAACGAGAAGUAAACUUAACCUUAACAAUCAGCAAAUUUGAAAUUUAGAACAAUAGAAGAUUGAAAUGUCUGUAUUUCAUACAAUUAAACAAUUAGAAGAUAAAAAUGUACCGGUUGAAAUAAAUUUGAUGACAUGGAGUGAUCGUAUGGAUCUUGUAGCUCUUUCUAAUAUAAAAGGAGAAGUUUCGUUAAAUAGGUUGUCGUGGACGAAAGCUUGGAGUUUGAGUCCUCCCAAAGAAAACUUACAAGUUAAAGCAAUUGCUUGGAGGCCAGAUGGAAAAGUUUUAGCUAUAGGAUACAAUUCAGGUGAAGUCUUUUUAAUCGGCGUUGAAAAUAAGAAGACACUGGUUGAUAAAGAUGUAGGCGCAGAAAUCACUACUCUAUCAUGGGUUCAAGAAAAAAUUGAAAACAAAGUUCAAAAUACAUUUACACUAAUAAAAGAAGAACCUCCUAAAAAUUACAUGAAGUACAUAGAUCUUUCAAAAUUAUAUUUAAAGGAUCCUGUUCCUAAUGCUACAUUGGAUGGCUCAAAUGUUGAAGAUACAAAAGAAACUAAUUUUUUGCAAGAUCAAAGCGAACUUAAUUUAUUAUUAGUUGGUACCAAAGAUGGUUACGUACACAUUAGAGUGUUUGGGUGUUUCACAUGUGCAGUUUUAAAUAUAAAUGAAUAUUUAGGAACUUCUUGUUGUGUAGAAAAUGUGCAAAUUAAUGAGGAUCUAAGUAAAAUAUUUGUCACUGUCAAGGAUACAGAUUUUAAUAUAAGGGUGGUUGUAAUAAAUGCCCAGAUUUUUAAAACUCAUACUGAAGAAUUUUUUUGUGCGGGCAUAAAGUAUGUUAAGUUAGUAGACUUGGUGAAAUAUUUAACAAACACCAUAACAAACAUCACAGAAACAUGGGAAAGUUUCUUAUUAGAAAUUGAUCAUAAACUAUCCAAAUAUGCUAAGAAAGUUCCAGAAGGUGGUGUUACAGCCGAUUUUCUUGAUUUAUUAAUGUUUGGAAUAUGUUCACCUGAAUUAGAAGAGUUUUUAAUAACAGAUCUAACUAAAAAAGGAUUGGAAAAAUUUGGUCAAACCAUAGAGAUGAGUUAUGCAAAUAUACAAAAGUUGUUACUAAAAAAUGUCACCAAAUUUGGCCAAAAUUUAACUUACCACUUGGCUGAGUUGCGAGGAAUGGCAAGGCUAGAACACAAAUACCAGAUAAUUGGUUUGAAAGAAGAGCAAAUAACAGCAGCCAUACAAUCCAGUGGUGCAUUUUUAAUAAAAGCUGGGGAGAUGCAGCAAAUUAUUAAUCAUUCUGUGAUAAACUACAAAGCUUUCUUUAGAUGGUUAUAUGGCGCUAUUCUAUUUUUGAUGGAUGAAGCUAUUCCUUCUGAGAUACACAAAAUAGCCCAACAAGAUUUAGCUUACAUUACAGAAUUUUUGCAAAAUUUUGAUCACAUCGGUAAUAAAGAUGGCCAGAAUACCAAAGGUUUCAUAAUGGAACGUUUAGGACAAUAUCUAACAGACGCCCCUCUAGUGAUAAUACCAAAUAUGGAUGGUAACGAUUGGACAACAUUCCUCUCUGAAAACGAAUGCAUUCAAAACCAUCCCAGUAUAUUACAACAUUAUAAAACGACGUCAUUAAUUCAUCAGUUUAAAGAUUUGGCAGUUAGAAUAUGUGAAAUUUUCGAUGCGCCUAAAGUAACUCUAAAAAAACAUUUCACUCCUAUACACACUUUCGAUUGUUUCAAUUUUGGUGAAGGACCAUUGCGAAUGUCAGCGAUAAACGUCAGUAAUGAAAUGAUACUAUUCACUUUCCUACAACCGAGUAGCAACAUUUAUGUACUCCAAGUACAUUUGACUGAUUCUAUGUGUCAAGCCAGAUGUGGUAAAUUUUAUUUUACCCAAUUAUCUGAAGACACUGCCGAGAUAUAUCAAAUAUUAGAUGUAUCAUUCUAUUCAGGCAGCAUUUUGUCGUUAUUGUUGCAAGAAAAUUCUGGUUACAAAUCUGCUACUUUAUUGCAAUUUCCUCUAUCUUCGGCUAUGGAAAAAUUGGUGGAAAUCGAUAUAAAAGCAGAUAUUAGUAAAACUAUUUUACCCAAUUCUAAUGGAUCUCACUUUAAUCCAAAAUUAUUCAGAAAUAUUGAAAUGGCGGCGUCUACUUUCGCCGUUUCAGGUAGUAGAAGAGUGUGUAUAGUGUUAUCUGAAAAUAAGAAAAAAAUUAAGUUAUUUGAAAUGGAAGCGGACGAAGAAGACGACGAAGAUGCUGAUAUGACAAGCAGUUUGUUAAAAGAUGACAUCAGUAUGCAGGAAAAUACAGUUGAAUGAUAAUUUUUUUUCAGUUGUUUUACUGGUUUUAAUUUUUAUCGAGUCGAUAGGACAGGAGGGAGGUGAGUAGAACCACUUUCCAUGUUGCAUUGGUUAAGAAUUUUUGAAUGCCAAAAUAUUUCCUGUACAGCUCUAGAGUUUUAACCGAAACUGCGAAAGUUUAAGCUCAAAUUGAGAAGGAAAUGGCGUUAGUUGUUUUUGGAUGUACCAGAUUUCAAAAAUUCAUUUAUGGUAAAAUAUUUCUAGUAGAGAAUGACCACAAACCAUUAGCAUUUAUUUGUAAAAAAUCUUUAAUUAAUGCUCCAUUACGUCUCCAAAGAAUGUUGAUAAUUAAGUUACAGUUACUGAGACGUUAAAGUAUGAAAGUAUCUCUUAAAAUUAGUGAAAUGGGAUUGGCAUAAAAUAAAGAUAAAUUAAAUGAGGAAUUACAAAAGUAUCCGGUUCACAGGGAGGCAAUUAUUAGUGUAAAUGACGUGCUGUUUAAAAGCAACAAAGUUGUCGUACCAACUUAUUUGAGGAAAGAGAUGCUUGACUUAAUUUUAGGUACCCAAUCACUUGGGUACCUUAAAGUGUCAACUUAGGACAAGGGAGGCUUUGGUCAAAAAUUAAGUCUGGGAUAGAAGAACUUGUAAAUAACUGUUAUACAUAGUUGAAUUUUAGAAACUCAAAUUCUAAGGAACCAAUUAGGUUAGGAUAGAUGUCUAUCAAUUUAACCGUAAAAACUAUCUCUUGGAGAUUGAUUAUUAUUCAAAAUUCAUCGAAACUAAAUCUCUAAAUAAAUUAGAUAGUACACUAAUCUAAUAUACUUAGAAAAAUUUGAGAGAACAAGUAAAGCCAAAAGACCACCAUAAACAAACAAACAGAAAGAUAAAUAACCUUAACAUCAUACAUCAAAAUCACGUGACAAUCGCAAAUGGAUGUGAUUGGUUUUUUCUAUUGCUACGAACGGCCGGGAAAAGAUAAAAUUCGUUUAUGUUGAAAGUCACCAACGUCAAACCGAUUGGCAAACGGCAACUAUUAAUUGUCUAAUAGUCUUAUGCAUUUCAAUGUUUUUAUUUUGUAACGGCAAACGGAAAGUCAAUCGCCAAAAUUGAUAAAUUAAAAUUUGAAUUACUACCUCAUGCACCCUAUUCGCCAGUCUUAGCCCCUCGGAUUAUUUUAUGUUCACAGACUUGAAAAAAUGGUUCGGUGGUCAUAGAUUCUCCACCUAUGAAGAGGUGAUGCCGACAGUUUAUGGCUGUUUUGAAAAGCUUAACGAUUCUUUUUAUAAAAAGGGUAUCAAACUUAUUGAACAACUCUUGGAUAGUUCAACAAUUUGGUUUUCCUACCUAAUAAAUGCACUAAUAACGCUUCUUAAUGAAAUAUAUACUUCACUUAUUAAUAAAUUUUAUACGGCAUCAGUUUUUUGUGAUUUCACUAAGGCCUUCGAUUGUAUUGAUCAUGAAAUUUUGAUUAACAAACUAGAGUAUCAUGGUAUCCGAGGUGUUCCUUUGAAAUGGUUCGUAUCUUACCUUGAAUGUAGAAAACAACUGGUCUAAUUCUUUUUUUUUUUGGUAUUCAUUAAUGAUGUCACAGACUUACGAAUAAAGGUAAAUUCAAUUUAUUUGUGGAUGACACCAGUGUAACCUGGAGUGAUCCAGACAUACAAGCUUCACAUUCUACCAUGGGCGAAGAUCUAUUUACUAUUAAGUCCUGAUCUGUGAACAGGUUCUGUUUAAACACUGAGGAAACUUAUUUAUAAACGUAUUAAAUUUCUUUAGCCCUCUAUUUUUUAGAGGGCAAUGUUUGAAGGGUUCGAAAAUGGUAUCAGUCAUACAUUAAGGUACGAUUUGUAAGUUCAUAUGUCAGUUAUUUUAAAAGUUAUAAAAAAUUUAAAAGAAUCGAAAUAUUUGUUAAAAAAAUAUCAACUUUUUGUUCCCUAUCAAUUUUUUUGUAUAACUUAUAGUUUUUCAAAAAUUUUGAGGUCUACCACAUCUCAUUUUGAAGCUUAAACUUUAACCGAGUAAUAACUGAUAGAGUGAGAAAGUGUCAAUUUUGAAUUAUAUUGAUUAUAAAUUUUUAAAUAUUGAUUUUUUGCAAAAAAUUGUAGAAAUCUUUUUUGUGGAUCUUUUUAAAACAAAUCUUUUUUAUUUGAAACAUAAGUAAACAAUUAAAUUGUUACAACAAAUUACUCGGAACAGAUUUGGGCUCCGCACCAUCAAAAAAUCAAUUCUACGCAUAAAAAUACGCUCUAAAACUGAGGGGAGUAUGAAACGGUUACGGGAGUCUCUCUAGCUGCCGUACUUAAGAGUUACUGUGAAAGUCUAGAAUAUAUCUAAAUGACCUUAAUAAAAAUGACAAAAUUAACUGAAAAGAUGUAUUAUUAACAAAAUCAUUCAAAAAUUACAAAAACCUUCAUGGAUUAUAUGUAUGUCAAACCGUAUGACUUGAUACUGAAUACACUGUUUACACCACCACUCACGAUUACACUGUCUGACGCGCGUUUCGAUAACCAAGUUAUCGUCCUCAGAGACUGAAGGUAAACUAUGAGGGCCGUUUUGGUUUCAACCUCCGAUAGACUAUAAAUAAAAGACAAGUUCAUAUAAAACAAUAAUUUUAUUACCACAACAUUGGUACACUUAUGGUUACUUUUCUACAUAACCACCGAAGAGAUUGAGACAUUUGUCAUAUCUGUGGACAAGCUUUUCAAUACCCUCUUCAAAGAAAGUUGCCGCCAAUGUAGCCUAAUCGUUCAGUAAUAAUAGAGAACCAAACAGACCUUGAAACUUCCGGAAAUACCGUAAACAAAGCAGAAAUGGCGAAUCUGCGGUUUUCUUUAACCAUUCUGUCAACUCGUUAAACCAGGUAACUUGAAACUACAGAUUUGCGUCCUUGGCAUUCUCCAUCAUGUACAUCAUUACGGCCAUCUUUCAACUUUUGACACCAUCACUCAUGAAGUUUUCUCCAUACAUAGGCGUUGAGCCUGUAAAAAAUGAAUCACUCUUGGUGGGAGCAUCUAUAAUGGCGGACAUGUUUACGUGGCUGUAGCAUCACGCCGACUGACGCCUGAAUGACAACAAAGUCGGAAUGUGUAGUGCGAGAGCUUCGCAGUCGCCUACAGCGCAUGCCCCCGUAGCGAUCGGAGGUCGAAAAAAACGGUCCUCGUAAAAUCUAAUGACUUGACCUACUUGUUUUAUAUUAAAUUUUCCCACUAAUAAAACUCCCGCGCAAAUUAAUUCCAUCGGGAAAACCUCCUUGGCGGGAAUCUUCACAUUCAUUCCUGGACCACCAAACUAUGGAGUAGGCUGUAAGGAAUUGGCCCUUUGUCCCUAUUUAAGCUAGCUACUCUUACAUCUUGCAAUUUCAAUGCUUUCAUAUGCAUCCAACAAUUUAUUAUUGGGCACAUUUCAAACAGUGUAAUUGUGAGUAUUGGUGUAGUGAUGGUGUAAACAGUAUAAAUUCCGGAAAUUCCAAAUUAGUAUGACUUGUUGUUAACGAGUUGGAAUAUCCAUAUGUACUGAAUUCAAAGAAAUCUCAUUUAAAACCAUGUUAAAAAAGAAAUAGCUAAAAAAUGAUUACAGUAUGGGAGAAUAUCAAGAUUAUAGAAUUUAUUAAAAUGUUAACGAAAGUAGAAUCUAUUAACUAUAUUAAAAUAUCAAUUAUCUUUUUCUGAAAACCAUAAUAAUGAGGGAGGAAAUGGGUAUUGUGGGAUUGCAGAAUCAUCAACUGUAGACUGUGGUUCCUCGGGUAUUUCAUAACUAUUCAAAAAGCUACAACAUUCUCGCAGAGUCUCUUUUACAUUAUUUAAUGUAUUUAUGUCAUAUUUUUCGAAAUCGUUUCCACUCAAUUCUUGCAGCAAACAAAUUAUGUCUUUCUUUAAAGAUGUUUUAUCACAUUUCUUUUUAUUAGUAUUAUGUUUAUCAAGUGUACUGACCGUGUUAUUAUCAUAGUAUUCCUAAAAAUUGAACAUAUUAUUACUAUAGUUAUCCCAGAAUUAUUUAAUACAAUAUUAGUCUAAGAGCCAGUGGAUGCCAGAUCACACAUUGCUAAGGGCCGUCGCGGGGCCCUAGUUACACUCACAGAACAUACCAAAAACAAAGUUUACUUGUAUGUAAAUUUUGGCAACACAAAUUUAUUUCUGCCAUCUACCAACCGUAACGUUGGUGUAAUAAAAUGUGUCAUUACUGUUAAUGUUUCAUUAUUGUCAAUGUGUCAUUCGUCUUAUAUCAAUGAGAAUUUGUUUUACAGUCAGCUGGGGAACAUAGCCCUAGACAACGAAGGAUCUUAUAGGAAAUAAUUGAAUAAUUAAAAGCUCUUUUCUGUAAUUUUUUAUUAAAUAUUUAUUUCUGGUUAGUAUUUAUUUACGAAUUACACUUUUCAAAUUUGUUUGUUAGAAAAAUUGUAUUUUGUUCUUAUUUUAAAAGUGAUAUUGGUAAUCAUGUCCACUAGCUUUCCUUUAGUUGAAAAUAUAGGCAAAUAUUAUUUUGUAAAUAAACGUGUCACAGUUC